CCACCUAUAACCUUUCACAAGUUAACUGUCACUGGCCUACUCACUCAGAAUCAAAAGAAAAAAAUCUGAAUUGACUGUCACUUUGGUGUUUUAAGAGCAUGUUCAGUCCACUGACUAGAUCGGGGAGAAAGAAAAGGUUUUCAGGUGAAGGAGUGUGAGCCCUUGCUUUAUUCUCCAAGCCGGUAAGUGGCGAUACUGCUUGCCAGCCAUUGAGUAACAAAAUAGAAAACAUGAGGUAGAGUUGAAAAUACCUAAAAUCUUUAGUUGCCAACUUCAUCUCUGGGCUGCGUGGUGUGCUGUUAGUUGGAGACAGGUUGCCAGCUAGCACCUUGCAUCAUCAGACGCACGUUUUCAGCAGACAGUGACUUGUGUGUGUGAACUGGCAGCAUACACUUCGACCAAGGAUGGACCCAAGGGAACUUAGAAAAGAAGUUCCCAGGGCAAGAAAGUCAAUGGUAAUCACUAACAGGCAUCAAGUGAAGCUGCUGCGGAGGGUUCUUUCUCAGUUUACUCCCUAUUAUCCACCGUCAGAAGCAGAGCACUGCUCAGAAGCCCCUGAAGAGAGGUUGGCACCGCAAAAUCAAAACAGUCCUGAAACCACAGCAAGUGACCAGCUCAAAGACUCAGUCAGUCAUGUACCUCAAGUACCGUCAUCUGUUCCACUGCAGCUCACAGUGAAUGCUCACAUGUCUAAAGAGGAGCCUACUCUUAAUGUAGACAUUCCUCUAUCUACACCUCAUGUCACAAAUGAAAGCAGACCAGUCACAGUGGAGACAGAGGAAGAAAGCAGGAACUCUGCCUUACUCUUGAAAAUUGAAGCACUCAAGAAAAUACGCAUUGCCCCCAUUAAACAGCUAAGCGCGCCGGUGGUGACGACACCCAACACUGUGCAGUCAGCUGCCGUCUCUGACGAGGAUGUCCCGACUGGUUUCAUCAAGCAAAACGAUGAUUCUUGCACCUCGCGUGAUAGACAGGACAUGGAGACAGACCCAGCAGAGGUUGUUGAAGAUGAGGAAAUGGACAUCGAUGUGGAGAGAGUAGAUGGCAGGGGCCGCCUACUAGUGAACAAUAGCAGCGCCAUACCCCAGUUAUAUUUAUCUCCCGAUUCUCUUGCAAAUCCAGAGAGUAAGCACAUACUCUCCAGUGACCAUGAAGCUGGGCGCCAUGGAACAGGCAAGGAGGACGACCUGUUGGACACUAAAGUGGAUGUGAAGACAAGGGGGGCUGCAAAUGGACUGUGGACUCGUCUGGAAAAGCUUGUUCAACAUAUGGUGUCAGAGCAAGUUGGACAAAACUUCACUCUGUUUGAAAAAAAUCUUCAGGAGCUUCAUGACAGGGUGAUGAACAUUGAAAAGGGCACUAAACAGCAGAUUCACAAGCUAUCCAGACAGCUCCAAAUGGCUAAAGAGGACUCAAUCUCCAGGAAUGCAUCUAUGGUUGAUGCUAAUGCUGCUACUGAGUCUACAUAUCUUGCCUGUGCCACUCCACCCACACCUCUCGAAGGACCCUGGUUUGCUGCUGCUGCUGCUGCUGCUAUUGUGUUUCAAAAUGAACCUCCUGUCCACACCUCAGACUCUGCGCCCAUUAGCUGUCCUAGUGAUGUAAGAAAUUCAGAGAAGCCGGAUAGUUUGCCAGCUCUACUAAGCAGUUGCCAGCCAGACUCCAAAGACGUCCUCGAGUCCCACCUCACGGCUCCCUCGACCAGGUCUCCCGUGCUGCCCAACAUUCCCCUGGACAGCGCUCCAAGGAAUUAUCUUGUCCCAUUUAGUGCAGCACCUCAACCCUUCAUUGCUCAACCAGUCAUAGGUCCUGCCACACUCAUCUGCCCCGCCCAACCUGAGGGACAUGGAUGGCAUCAGCAGGCCUCUGCCGAGCUGGCGGGUUCAGCUCAGGCACCAGCAACUUUUCCUGGCAUGGGUUUCUCAGUGGGCCCUGGUUCUUUCACUCCAGCUUUUGUUCAGAACCUGACCACCUCCUCCUUGAUGCCUGAAGGGGUGGCUUCUCCUGCCAUCACAUACACCAUUGCUGAUGCUUGUGAAGUGGCAUUCUAUUCUGCACCAGAGGGAGAAGCAGCAGUUGAUGCGGUCACAUCUUUGCAGGUUCCUUCAGAUAUCAACCUGAAAUGUUCCUCCGAUCUCAAUCUGCCGCCCUCUCUCCCACGACUAGUCUCAAAGCUUUUCCUGCACCAGCUGCCCCAGGAUGCCCUCCAGACCCCCGUCCCCUGUCAGCCUACGCUCAGGUUAGUCUGCCUGCCCAGUCAGACGGGCGUGGAGCUCUCCUGGAGCAUGCUUGUGGAGGACGAUGCGGCCCUGGAACGCGUGCAAAGUUACUUCCUGUAUGCUUGUGUAACCAGUGACCGUCCAGUAACCUGGAAGAAUAUUGGAGUGCUCCCGGCCAGGACUUUGCCCAUGAGCUGCAGGCUCGGACACACUCAGCCGGGGUCCGUCUGUUAUUUUGCAGUGUGUGCCCAGGACAUCUACAACCGCUUUGGCCCCUUCUGUAAGCCACAGUGUUGGCUAGCCAAAUAAGACUCAUCACUUACAGCAACAAUCAGAUCUAAGAAUUCUGUUCAGGUGUUUUUUUUGUUGUUGUUAUGUUGGAGUGUAGAAAUGCUGGUCUGUGUUUGAGAGAGAGUAUUUUUAUAACCUAUGGUUAAAAUUAAGCCAGCCCAGUAUAAACUUUACAGUAUUUAAAACAACUACAAAAGAAUAUGUUGGUGACGUGAUGCAAAGUUCAUUAAAGCUCUGAAUGUGAUAUUUAGGAUGUCACACAGUUUAAUUUUUGAGCUGGCUGUUCUUUCCUGGAAAACUGACAAUGUCAGAGGUCAGUUAUAUAUUAUUUUAUUGUUAUGAAUUAAAAACAUCACUGUCUGAAUAAAGACAGCAACAAUA